UCAUAAAGACGGCCCACCACUCCAGCACAUCGAGUGUGAAUGAGACUCCAUCCUUAUCAACAGAAGCAGGCAGAGGAAAGACAACAAACAGCUCUCCGGGGACAGAUCUUUACAAGCGUGAGUGUCACUGAUGGAGGAGCGUGAGACUGGAUCCUAAAACUGCCCUCUGCCUGCUCUCAAGUGCACUGACACUGUCUACAUCUGUUCUUUCUGUCUCAUAACCAACUGAGAGUCAGUCGCCGGGUUCCUCUGCUGCCUAACUGUCUCCACCACACGGGUUAGAUCCAGAGCUGAGUAUAUAUAUCCAAGGGAGGUCCAGAGUUUGGCUUCGGAAGGGGCAUUGAAAGUGGUGGGAAUAUGUCAGGCCGGGCAUUGUGGGAUUGGAUGCCUCUCACCGCCUGCGUGGAGUUUAUGGAAUGUGCUGUGCUCAGCCGGACGUCCUCCCUCUGUCUCGUAUAGGGUGCCUGUUUCUUUCUUUACCUGGACGUCACACACUUUGUGUGUGUGUGUGUGUGUGUGUUUUUUUUUUGCUGGCCUCACAUGUGUGUAGUGCUCGUGUGGGCAUCUGAUUGGGAAUGAGGGAUCAACGCUGUACAAUAUACAGGCGUUAGCAGAAACUGCUUGACGCAGCGUAGCGCACACUGCGCACCAGUGAAAGGCCCACCGGAGCCAGUGUGGAGAAAUUAUCUGCUGUCAGGACCUGCGCCGGGCUGAUAGGGAGACGCAGAGCGCGCAGGGCCACCGCAAGGUGAGAGAGGCGGCGACGGGGGGAAGGGAGCCGAAAGUCGGGGAGCGACGAUGCCGUCUUCCACCAUGCAGAUGUUCGCCUUCGUUCUGGCUCUGCUGGGGGUCGUGAGCGCCAUCGUGGCCACUCUGCUACCCAACUGGAAAGUGAGCGCAGACGUGGGCAACAACAUCAUGACGGCCAUCUAUCAGAUGCAGGGACUCUGGAUGGACUGCACAUGGUACAGCACGGGAGUCUUCAGCUGCUCGCUUAAAUACUCCGUGCUGGCGUUGCCCGCCUACCUGCAGACAGCGCGCACCACCAUGGUGCUCUCUUGCAUGAUGGCGAAGUUGGGACUCUGCCUGGCCGCCCUGGGGCUGAAAUGCACUCGUUGGGGUGGAAGUUACCGCUCUAAGGGACACACGGCCAUUUCGGCGGGGGCUUGCUUCGUCAUUGCAGGGGUCCUGUGCCUUGUCCCCGCAUCUUGGUUCACCAAUGAGGUCAUCACUACGUUUAUGGACUCCAAAGUGCCCAAGAGCAGCAAGUAUGAGCCGGGUGCCGCCGUGUACGUGGCAUUUGUGUCUGCGGGAUUCCUCCUGGCCGCAGGCGUCAUCUUUUGCUUGUCCUGCCCUGGAAAAAGAGGUGGUCCGCUCGAUGCGGGCACAUCCCACCCCGACAAGCCCAAACAGCAGAUGCUCAAAGAGAAGUCGACCCGUGACCGAAAGAAACAGGAGCACCGGGAGCAGCACAGUCAGACCGAGUCACCCGAACGAGAGCAGUCGCAGAGAGAGACGCCAAAACACGGAAAGCUUCAAGUGGAUGAGCGACCUCAAGACAAGCCAGAAAGGCUGAAUUUGGAGAAGGACAAGCAGUACCAGUCUCCAUCUCGGACCCGAAAUCCAGACCCCAAGGCCGUCUAUAGUCUCCACGAUUACGUGUGAAACUACCGUCGACGCCAGGCAUGUGUUCUCGCGUGUCGGACUGCCUUUCUUUUGUGACCGUCUAAAAGAGGAGGAGAAAAGCGAAAGAACAGCAGGAGGAAUAAUGACUUUGAUGGUGUUAUCAACCCCUCUCAUCUGUGAGCGAAACGGCAGAGGCAUUUCCAAAACCACGGAAUAGACAAACUGAGGAUUGUGAAUCGUCGGGAAGACGCUUGUACCGCAACUGCACGCCAAAAAAUGGAGAGGCUUAUGGCGUAUUAAAAAAAUGCAACAUUUGAGGAAUUGGUCUAAGGCUUACCAAAGGUUGAAAAUGAUUUGUUUUUCUCGGCUUGUAGUCAUUUCAUCACCUUGUCCAAGUAACAAGAAAAACAUCCCGCGAGCAAUUUUUUUACCAGACUUUUUGUGUAAUUAGCAAGUUUUAGGCGCUUUUAGAUUUAUCACGAGGUAUGUGCAUGCUGUUUGUAGAUAAUGGUGUUAAAUGGCUUUCAGUUCUGAAAACACCCUGGGGAAUAGUCAAGCCUGCACCUGGGGAUUCGUCUCACCAUCAGCUGUCCAUUAAAUGCUUCGUGUCCUUCAGAAAAGAGAUUUUGACAUUUCCAGUCCAUAUUUUUUGAAAGAGUGGUGGUGGUUGGGCGGGGGGCCGCACAGCGGAUCAUCUGAGGUAAUGAUGCUCUUUGCUUUUCCAUUAGGUUGGCUACGGAUGGGUGCACACUGCUCAUUUACUGUGAGCACGCACACACACAUAAGCUUUCCCUCAUACUCUUGCUGGAAGGCUAAAAGGGUCUUGCACCCAAUCAUCUUGAUGCUGUGCGUCUGUGUGUCAUGCCUGCGGGAAGUGCGCUCGUUGCUGUUCUAGGGCAAACAGGACGUUGUAACACGCUGUUCUGCAUCUCGUGGAAAAGUGGAACCAAGGUGACGCAAAUCUCAGUGGUGGCCGUAGCGGGGAUAGGACUCCACCCCCGCUGGGCAACAAUUACACCUUUGGUCCACAUCUUAAUUUAGCAAAACCAUCUUGUGUUAUUUUAGUUUACAGUCAGGCGUUUUAAAGCUAAAGACAAUAAAAAACGUACGAUAUUUGACUCAAGCUAAUGCAAGCAUUGCUGCGCUGCUGUCAUUUUAACACCCGUCGUCAAUGUCCCCAGAGACGCCAUUUAAGGCAUGAUUGCCUUUAUUUUCUGCCUUUCAUUCAAGCACACUAACUGCACUUUGACACGCAUAGAAUGAUUCGACAGUGAGAAUGACAGAGACAAAGAAACUCAUGGGUCCAUGUAUUUCAAUGAAUCUUGUCCUCUUGCCUGAGACCACUAGUAAAAAUGCUCUUUUAUACUAUUAAAUGGAACAUUUUCAUUAUAAAUCAUAUUAUGAGCAUAAUCAUUUAAGUAGAAACAGAAUGGUCAUUCUCAAUUGGAUUGGACACACACAUUUAUGUGAAACCUGAUGUCCCAAAGAGCAUCUUAUGUCAUUCAAUAGAAUCAAGGAUAUCUGACUUUUUAAAGCUACAAAUAAGCUAGCAUGGUCAAUAUAAAAUAUACAGUAAUGGAAAAAAAUUAAGAGACCACUCCAAUUUAUUUUUUGUUUUUCUGAGUUUAAUAUUUAUAGCUGUCUAAGUAAAACAAUCAUUUUUUGAACUAGUGACAACAUUUUCCCAAUUUUCCAUAAAAAAAUAUGUUUGCACUUAUUUAAUGAAAAUGUAAAAAAUGUUUAAAAUACACAAUAGUAAUUUUUACUGUAUUUUAUGAUCAAUUUAAAAGUGAAGUGAAUAUAUGAUGACAUAAGCCUGAUUUAAUUUUCGUCUAUCAUUUUAUGUCAUUCCUGAGGGUUUUUUCUGGAAUGGCCAUACAUGCAGAAAUGCUGAUUAAAGGCAAAACUGGAGCGGUCUCUUAUUUAUUUUAUUUUUUUAGAAGAACUACAGACUCCUAAAUACUUAUUAGUCGUCAAAUAAAUCUUAAAAUUAUAUGUUUAUUUAUUCAAGUUUAAAUGGCAAAAAAUCCCAGAUUUUUUGUCGUCUCAGGCAUUUGGACUCAACUGUACACUGAACACUGAAAGAAACGUAUUUUUUUCUAUUCUGUAAAAUAUCAUAUGACGUGUUAUGAAGAUAAUAAGUAUUACACAGAAAGGUGCAAAAUACAUAUAUUGAAAUUAUUUUAUAUUAAUUAUAAAAUAAACAUAUAUAUAUAACAUAAAUAUAUAUUUAUUUUAUUUGUAUAAUAAUGUAUUUAUGCAAAAAUGUUUACCCUUACAAAAUAAUAACACUUCAAGUUCAUGAUAUUAAGUGUACUAAGGCAAAGCUAUAGACCAUUUUAGGUAUGUUGUUUAUUAUACUCUAUACUUUUAAGCGUAUUUAAUAGUAAUUUGGACUAAAUUGGCCCACCUUUUAGUUUAUAUAAGUGUACUUUAAAGUAUGUGUUUUAAUAGUUUACAUCUAUGUUUUCUGAGACGUACAUAAAAUGUUUACAUUUUUAUAUUUAGCUUCAAAGAAGUCUACUAAUAGCACACUUGAAUAAACUUUUAUUUUGUAAGGGUAUAUACGUAUAUAUAUACAGUAUAUAUAUAUAUAUAUAUGUAAAAUAAAUAAACUGAACUACUCAGAACUUUUAUUUUCUAAAGUAAUGUCAUCAUAUUAAAUAAAUGUUAACCCAGAGAUCUGUGUAUGUUUGCAAACAUGCAUCGAAUUUGAGUGACAAGGAUGGACAAACAUUUGCUUUUUUGUUCGGAUUUUCGACAAAGUGAAUGUUGAUUCUGUAUAUUGCUUUCCAUGAAACUGUAAAUUCUCUCAUUUGCCUUCAUAAAAUAAGGGCUCUGUGUUGACAGACGGACAAUGUGUGAACAGAAACCAUGUGCAACUAUCAAAUCCCAUUAAACCACAUGCCUGUACAGUAGAACACGUACGUUUGUUAUUGUCAUCCUUUAAAAAAGGAAAUGAUUUCUGUUCAUUCUGAGCUAAUCCACACAUCUAGGACUUUUUGUUCAACUGGCCUCUCAUCAUUCGCUCUUUGUUUUGUGUCCGUGAUCCGACUGCAAAUGUCUCCUCAUAAUGGGGGUGUAUGGUACGAGGUGUCUUGGCUGGCUGCGUCGGCCAGGAGUCAGGCCUGUCCAAAUGACAAUCUGCAUACUCCCUCCGUGAGUGAAUCCAAGCAUCAAAUGAGCUUCAUUUCCACAGCUGACUGCCCGCUGCAUAGAGAAGCAACAUUUUCACGAAUCAUUCGCGACGGUGUCACGAGACCCUUCUUUAAGGUUAAAUCUGCAGCUACUUUACAUGUGCUUUGUUUACGCAGAUGGAGACAUUGUUUAUUCUCAAUGGCCACAAUAAAAAUUGAUUCUACAAUUCAAAUGCUGAGAGCAGGAGACUCAUCAAAGGAACAGAAGCUGUGUCGCAUUGUGUUGACCAGCUCUUGGGAUCAACAGCAAGGACGUCAUAUUCGUUUUCUGAAUAUUGGUGUCUUUUCAAGUAUGGGUACUUUUGAACCUGCGGACUUUUAGAAAAGAAUUGAAUAAAACAUAAGAUCGCAGAAUGAUUCUCUCACACUUCUGGAGUGUUUUAUGUUUCUCAUGCACACAUUAAAUGGCAUCACAGAAAGACCUUUGCAAUCUCUAAAUGAGCAUCACUGUUCACAACAGAUCUGUCACAUUAAAACAACGAGCUCUGUGUUUUGUCCGAGACAAUCUGCGUAAAGCUCAGUUACACAUCAGAUGUGGAAAAAAUAAGAGACCAUUUCUGAAUUUACUAUUUAUAGGUACGCGUUUAGGUAAAAUAAUCAUUUUUGUUUCAUUCUGUGAACU